AUGUAUUCUGUUGAUAUUUUGGGUUUAUGGGGUUUAGCUGUUUUUGGUUGCUCAUUUGAUGAAAUUAGUGUUUAUGAUUCUCUAUUCCUUCAAUUGGGUUUUCGAAAGGUUGAUUCAGAGAAGUGGGAAUUUUCAAAUGAAUGGUUUCUAGGAGGACAGAAGCACCUACUGAAGAAUAUAAAGAGGAGGAGACAUAUUUCGAAGAACACGCAACAAGGAGGCGGUGGUACUGAUGGUUGCGUUGAGUAUGCAGGAGGACUUGGUUUAGAGAGUGAACUGGAUACAUUAAGCAAGGAAAGAAGCUAUUUGAUGGUUGAAAUUCAACAACUAACAAUGUCAUUUUUGGCUAAAGCUUUUGAGAAUCCUGCUUUUGUCCAACAAUUGAUUGAAAUGAGUGAGAAGAAGAAAGAAUUGACUGUGGUGGAGUUGCUAAGAAGAGAAGAUUGCCUGCCACCCUCGGGAAGCAUAGAGAAUUUGCAAAAUGAACUAGUUUCGGCUGCGAUGGAUACAGUUGAGCAUGAACCUGGCGUUGGAAAUUGAUGCUGAGGUUGAAGAUUUUUGCCUUUUUCGGUGUAAAGGUGUACAUGGCUUAGUAGAGCAAAUGGGCUUAUCUUGGAUCGACCAUAAAGAAAACUGAUGAGUGCACAUGGGAUUUUGUGAUGAAGAAGUAAACUAAAAGGGAUGAACUCCUCCUGACUCUAUUAUAUCAAGGCUGAAUUGGGGGCCAUGGAAAAUAAUUAGGGGCCUCAUCCAAUUUACACCCACCCCAUAAAAGAUAGAGGGCUUCCAAAAUGUUGGUGAAGAUACCAAUUUAGCCUUCUCUAAUAACUACCCUAAAAAUCUCAUUAACCACUGACCUCGGGCUCCAAUCUUCAUUUUAAUCAAAACUUCUUCUCCUCCGCUCUCUCCCUCCCAUUGUCUCCCAUUCCAUUAACGACUUCUGGAAAAAAAAAAUUCUCACCGAUUCAUCGUCGUAAGUGAACUAAAACUUCCCAAUCUAAGUUGGAUUUGUGUUUAAUUUAAUUUGUUGAUUGAAAAAUUAAGUUUUCAACUGCCAAA